GUUUGUUGUUAGUACCUUGAAAAGCCCUGUGUUUGUUUUUAUUGAGAAAAAGCUAGAAAAAGCAUUAGUAACAGGGGUGGAUGCAGGUGAAUGUAGCCUUUGUAGAUAACAGAGCAACGGAUCUUAUUCUUCCAAGGAAUCCAAUCUCUGAGAUUCAACCAUAACAAAAAACAUCUUUUUUGAAACUUGGGUCUGCUAGAUUUUGCUUCACAGCUUAACUGAUUCUCGAAAAAGAGAAAAAAAAAAAAAGAAGAAAGUAAGCCCCUUUUUUUCUUUUUUAUCUUGUUGUUAUAGUUGAAGCAGCAAGAGCCAAUUUUAUCAGCUUCGUUUUGGGUGCAAUGGGGUUCCUUCAUUCAAUGGGUUUUGCAUUGCUGAGGUUGUUUUCAUAUUGGUAAAGCUUGGAUUUUUAUAUCAUUUUCAGAGAUGGGUUGUUGUUUUUAGGGUUGUUGCUGUUUGUGACGUCUAAGCAGUUUGUCUUAGGAAAUGGGAUUUUGUUCAUUUAUGGGUUUGGCUGUCUAUAGUUUGCGUCCCGUUGAAUAAAGUUUAUGUUUUUGACAGCUAUUCAGGCUGCUGUUGUUUGUGCCGUAGUGUUUGAUUGUCUCAAGAUUGUAGAUUUAGGAAGCUCAUUUUUGUUCGUUCCUUUAGUUUUAUGUUGGCUGGUUUAUUAUUUCAUUGUCUUCGUUAAGUUCCUGGAAUUGAUUGUUGAGUUGGAGGAGUUUCCAUCCUGGCUUGCACAUUGUUUUCUGUUAUAUGAAAAGUUCUUGUCAGGGAGACAAAUGAGAAAAUCUGUUUUCGUUAAAUUGGCGCUGUUUCAUAAUUCAAUAAGAUUUCUCAUUCUCUACUUGAUUAUUGUGCUGAAGUGUGAAAGGCCAAAGAUAUUUUCUUUUCAUACUUGGAUUCAUGGAAAUUGUUGCUUUGAGGUUUUGGGUGUUGAGAAUUGAAAUAAAGGUAAACUUUUGUGCUGUGGAACUUGGGUAGUCUCUGAAAUUUCUGUGGACGAGCAGAAAUGGAUUCAUGGCUUGUUGCAGCAGCAGCAGCUGCUGGAUAUUUUGCUAAAUAUUGGAAAAAUCUUUCGAAGGAUAGGAAUGGCUUUCCAGAGUUUUCUUCUGGGAAUUCAAGAAUUGGAAAGGCUGAUAGCGGGAAGGGUCCCUUCUGCAAAUUGUCUCCGAGAAGGAAACUCCAGGAAGAUGUUUCUCCAGAUGCAAGAGAGGUUUCAGAUAGGAAAGUUUCGGAUAUUUACCAUUUAAAUGUCACUUCAGCUGCAGAAGUGGAGUCGACGAUUGGAUUUUAUGGUGAAAAGGUGGGAAGCUUGGGAAAUCACACAGAUCAUAAUGUAAUUUGUCUAUCAAGUUUAGCACCUGGAUUCUUGACAAAUGAAAACCUGAGAGAAGAUAAAUGUGGAAAGGAGUCUGGUGCUGAUAGUGGUGGUAAUUCUGCUAAACCUUCUAUCACUAGAAUGGACUCUUUUAGUGAUUCUAUGAGGAAAAGAAGCUCUCUUAAAACUAAAAUUUCAUAUGGACGUUUGCUUAAACCUCUAACUUCCCUAGAUAGUUGUCUCAUGGCUCAGCUGUAUAUGCAACAUGUUAAAAUGGAGGAGUACGUACUUAGUUCCCUUCCAUCGCCAUCAACGCCAACUUUGAGACCAUUGCUCAUAACUGAUGGAAGCCGAAUAAUCAGCAGAGCAAGUCAUGAUUUUUCUAGUGGAUCAAAUGUAACCGGGGACAAUAAGCUGCAUAAUGAAGCCACUUUCAAAAAGAGUGGAUAUGUGCCCGGGAUUCCUCCAUUGCCGAAAAUCGAGUCUUUGGAUCUCCCCAAGAAGUUGAAAUUUAAGAGAGGAAGCGUGCGCAAUGGAAGACUGAGCAUUCCUUGCAAAAUUGAUACUGAAAAGCAGUUUCAUUCACAACAAGGUUCACAUCAUGGAGCGAUUCUAUUUUGUCUGGGGAUUUCUAUUGGUUUAAUAUCUUCUUACAUGGGAAAUAGAAGGGAAGUGGACAAAUUGAAAGGGUUGUUAAAGCAGACAGAGAACUUGGUUCAAGAUCUACAAGAAGAACUUGAGAUGAAAGAUUCAUUGACAGUGAAAGAGCUAGCUAAUGAGAAUUAUGAAUCACAGGAGACAUAUGACAAUUCAUUUCAUGACAGGGCAACAAAUUCAUGUUCCCUUGAACAGAAUAUAGAUAAUUCUACAAGAUAUGAUGGUAAAGAAUUAUAUUAUGAAAAGGUAAAGGAAAGCUCAGAGUCUAUGAGUAAAAUUGAAGCAGAGCUUGAAGCUGAACUUGAGAGGUUGGGACUAAACAUGAAUGUAUCUAAUAUGGAGAGAAGAUUAUCUGAUCUUGUUGAGCUCGACCCAGAUUUUGUGGCGGAUUUUGCUGAAGGUGAAUUGAGAUCUGACAAGGUCAAGGAUCAGGCUCCUGUCCAAUCUGUGCCAAAUGAAGAUAGAAGUGGCACCUCAACUACUCACUCUGGAAAUUAUGCAGUCUCACCUCGAGAGUUGAGCUUGCGUCUGCAUGAAGUUAUUCAAUCAAGGCUUGAAGAACGUGUACAGGAACUUGAGACAGCCCUCCAGAACAGCCAGAGGAAGGUGAAACUAAUGGAAUCAGAGCCUAAGAACUCUUGGAAGAUAUCUGGCAGUGAAUGGAAAAAUUCCUCCACCCCAGAGAGUCUAACUAACAAAGAGUUUGAUUGCGUGUCCAAGCCUCUAGUUAUGAAUUUAUCAGGGGAAGCUCUAGAUGCAUACAACGAGGCUUGUGAAGAGUUGUUGAAGGUAGAUGAGUCAGAAGAAGAGGAGGAUGCACCAUCGGAUCAUUAUCAAAAUAACUAUCAUGAGGAGCUGGAUAUGUUUGAUGGAAACAUGUCAUGGGAUGGUCAAAAUACCAGAAACGGUUCAUUGCCAAAUCCUACGCACAAUGCAAUGAAUAUAUUAGAGGAACCCUUUCGUGGUCAAGGAAGAAUAUUGGAAGAGCAAUCCUCAAGGGUACAGGAAUUACUGGACAUUGGUGUAAGUGAAGAUGAAUCUAGUGAUUGUGAUGAUGAGAUGGAGAAACAACUGAUACAGCAGAUUGUGGAGAAAACCAAGAAAGGAUCUCCUGUACUGCUAAACGCACAGAGGAUACUGUUUUCUAUGUAUGAAAUAUAACAUUGAGAUUAAAAUGAAAAAAAAUGGGGAAACUAAAAUUUUUGCAGUGUAUACAUAUAGAAGUACUUUGUAUUCUUAAGCACAGAAAUUCCCCAUUUACUUUUUUGAUUUGUCCAUACUUUCACAAAGAGAAUAUUACAUUAUUAACAACUUA